UGAGGUAAAAUCUACUCUCUAUGAUUCUAGAGUUUAGUUUUAACCAAAAUGUUAAAUACCAAUCCAAAAUAAGAGAACAAUCUCCAAGCCAUUCUUAUGAAACUUUAAGAGCUUAAAUUCUUUAACUAUUUUAUAGAAAGAUUUUUGAAGGGCACCCAAAAAGAGAGUCUACUCAAUGUAUCUCUUUAUUAUAAAUAAUAUUUAGUUAUGUGGAAGAUUCAAAAUGGAACAUCACAAAGGACCAUCGUUGUUAUUUUAAGAAGGAGAUAAAUCAAAUGAUAAACUAUAUAUAAUUUUCAGAGGUUCUGUUGGUCUAUUUAGAGCAAAGAAAUUUGACACUUUUUAAUAGUAGUAAUAACAACCAAUUUAAUAAACAUAACCAAUUUAACAACUUUUAGAGAAAGUUUCAACCAAUCUUAAAGAACUUAAUAAAUAAACAAUUUCAAAACCUAACUUCAUGAAAAGCUUAGCAAAUUCAAAAAGAUUUGCCAAUAAAUUAAUGAGUACCUUGACAUAAUAUACAACAAAGGAAGACUUAUUAAUAUCUUAAUAGGAGAUGUCAAUUUUAAAUGAAAAAUAUGGAGAUACUGUACGAAUUUUAGGUUAAGGAGAUGGUUUUGGAGAAGUGGCUAUAAUUGAAGGGACACCAAGAGGACUUACUGCAUGUGCAGUUUCUCAAGAUUGCUUUUUAUUAAUAUUAAAAAAAGAAGAUUUUGAUAUUGUGAAACAAUAAUUUAUUUAAUCUAUUAAAGAGAAAAAGAAUUUAAUCUAUACUAAAUUUGAAGUUAAAGAUGUAUAUUCUACUGCUCUAUCUAAUUCAUUAGCAUAUAGUUUUGAUGUAUCUUGAUUUAAUUUAUAUUUAGGUUGAAUCAUUUUAACAUAAUGCUAUUUUAGCAGUUGAAGGAAUGUAACAAAAAGUAUUUUAUUUGAUUGCUUCUGGUGAUAUUUUAUUAGAAAAAUUUAUUGGAAAUAAAAAUAUUAAAAUUUGUAUUUUAACUAAAGGAUAAUUUGUUGCUGAAGAAAUUGUGAUAAAUUAAGAUAGUGUUUGUGAAUAUAGCGCAAGAGUUUUAUCUAAUUAAGCAACUCUUAUGAUUAUGAAUAAAAAUGAGUUUUUCUAAAAAUUUCCAGAAGAAUGCAAAUAAUAGAUAAAAAGGGAAUAUUUUAGAAAAAAACAAUUUAGAAUUUCUUUUCCUGAAUAAACACUUGAUAAAAUUGCAGAUAUUCAAAGUCCUAAAACAUCCCCAAAGUAAACAAUAAAACUAAAAAUUAAUCCUUUAUCAGUUAGAAGUUAAUAAUCUUCUCGUAAUUAAUCUUGUCAAUUAGAUAUUAAGGAGAUUCUAGAAAAAAAGAGAUCAAUAUAUUUUCAGAAAUAUUAAGAUAAUAAUAAAAAAUGUGAAGAUAUUAUUUUAUUUACAGAAAUGUGUUACUCACCAAAAAUAUGUCAUACUCCUAGCUAUAAGAAAUUAAAUAAUGUAUUGUAGAAGUCAUUUCAUUAACAUCAAUUAAAAAAAAUAAUGAGAAAAAAAUUUAAAUAUAAUUCUAGCACAGAUAUUCCUAUUUCAUAGUUAUCAAUAUAUGAAAGAAGUUUUAAAUACUAAUAAACACCAUCUACUAAUCUAGCUAGUCAAGAAUUAGAAUAGUGA